CCGCUCCCCCCGCUGGUGGAGACGGCGCAGCGCCUCCCGGCGCCCGAGCGCUGUGCUGGGCGGGCCCCGCCGAGCCGGCCCCGCCCCGGGCCGGGUUCCGAGCUCCGAGCUCGCGGCUGGGGAGCAGCGCCGAGCUGAGCUGAGCUGAGCUGAGGCGAGCCAGCCCAUCGSCGGGGCACAGCGAGCGGCAGCGCGGCCCCACGAUCAGCAGGUGAAGGAGGCCCUCAGACCGGCACCAUGACAGAGUGCUUUGACUGUGACAACUGCAAGGAGUCCUURUAUGGGCGCAAGUACAUCCAGAUGGACAAUGGCCCCUACUGCAUCCCCUGCUACGACGCACACUUCGCCAACACCUGCGACGAGUGCAAGGAGCUGAUCGGCCACGACUGCAGGGAGCUGUACUAUGAGGAUCGCCAUUACCACGAGCACUGCUUCCGUUGCUUCCGCUGCGACCGCUCUCUGGCUGAUGAGCCAUUCACCUGUCAGGGUGAGGAGCUGCUGUGCAACGACUGCUACUGCAGCGAGUUCUCCUCCAAAUGUAUCGCCUGUGAGAAGACCGUCAUGCCAGGCUCCCGUAAACUGGAGUACAACGGACAGACCUGGCAUGAGCAUUGCUUCAUCUGCAGCAGCUGCCAGCAGCCCAUUGGGUCACGGUCCUUCAUCCCAGACAAGAAGGAUUAUUACUGUGUCCCCUGUUACGAGAGCAAGUUCGCUCCUCGCUGCACUCGAUGCAAAAAGACCCUCACCAAGGGAGGAGUGACCUACCGGGAUGAGCCCUGGCACAAGGAGUGCUUUGUCUGCACGGGCUGCAAGACCCCCUUGGCUGGGCAGCAGUUCACCUCCCAGGAUGACAACCCAUACUGCAUYAAGUGCUUUGGGAACCUCUAUGCCAAGAAGUGCAGUGCCUGCACAAAGCCCAUCACAGGCUUUGGYGGUGGCAAAUACGUCUCCUUUGAGGACCGUCACUGGCACCACAACUGCUUCAACUGCGCCCGSUGCAACACUUCGCUGGUGGGGAAAGGCUUCAUCCCUGACAACGACGAGAUCCUGUGCCGUGACUGCAGCAGCGACCUAUGAGCCCCCAAGGACACCGUGGGGCAGGGRCUUCCUCUGUUCUUCAGGGCCUUUGUGCCAGGUUCCCCAGCAGUAUUUCAGGGGCAGAGCACAAGGCACAGGAGAUGGGGGCUGAGCCCGAACCGCGGUGUGUUCAGGGGGUUCCUGUGYCCCCUCUCUGAAGGCUACAGUACGCUGUGCUAUAGCUCUGUGCAGUCAAAGCUAAAUAAAGCUGAAAAAGGAGCUUCAAGACCCCACCCCCCAUUAUUUACUAUUUCUUUUUGCUUCCAGCCUGACCAGACACGAGCCUAGGGCUCCAGCUGAGCAAAGGGCAGGAGCACUGGGCUGCUGGAUCUGCAYGCUGGCAGCAUGUAUUUACCCCACAGCACAGCGCUGACUUUUCUUUUUCCCCCAUGUGCUUCCCUUGCUGAAUGUGGCACAAGGCAGUGGCUUGGGGCCACGCAGCUUGGCUGUGCAGGACUGUGUCACAGCUGGCUUUGCACAGCUUUCCCAUAUGCACAGCUGGCCCRGGCAUCAAGUGCACUCUCUUCUGUUGCGGAGGUUUGGGGACACCAGGCUGGAAUGUGGCCAAGAGAAGAGCCAUACAUCUGGUCAGAUGGGAUCCACCUCUGGAAUUCUGUAGCACCUCACUGUUUUCAGGUCAGACCCUUUGCUCAGCACCYCCAUGGAGAUGCUCUCUUAGCCAUGAAUGAGGAGUUCAAGUCACCUGUAGGUACAGGUUGUUCUGCCCACCCCCACGUACCCCAUUCCCAUCCACCUGUGCUGUGCCCUCCCAUGGCUGGAGUGGCUGAGCUGGAGCUGGGAGCUGGCCUGUUGAUGCUCAGAUGCAUCUGGCUGAGCCCCAGAGAAGGGCGUGCUGAAGGCUGAGAGGACUCAGGGCUUUAUUCCUGCUCCUUCCCUCUCAUGAGGAUCCAUGGGAUGGGCACUGUUAUAUGGAGCCCAGUUGGCAGUGGCACUGGGAACACCAGAGACCUGUGUUAAUUCAGGGAAAGGGAGCAAUGCCCACAGACUGCCUGCAGUUGGGAGCUGCUGGGAGCACUGUCAGGGUCUGCAGAAGCACAAGGCUCCAUAGAGAGCAGCUGAAGGGCCAGCAGGAUGUCCACAACCUGCUCCUCCAGGGCUACCUGUGUCCCCCAGUGACUGGCAGGGAGUGGUGGCUCCCUCCAGCCACACUCAUCCUUCACUGUGUCCCAAACAAGAAGCAAAGCAAAGGUGGCACCUGUGGGAGGGACUUUGCAUUGCCCAGGUCUCAGCUGGCCCUCACUGCAAAAUAGGGGAUCUUGAGGCAUCCCAGACUCACACGAGGCCUUGAGCAGUCCUUGCCC